AUGAUAUACAGAAAACUAGCAAUAGUAGCACAAUUGGUCUCAAUUGUAUCAUGCAUAGCAAUAGGUCUGUACGAGGAAACUUUCAUAGACUCAGUAUAUGGAGAGCUAGUUGCUUCGACAGAAUCGAAUAAUUAUAAGCAAGAAUUACUUUAUAACGGAGAACUUACGAGGGAUGCGAAAUACGACAGGAUAACAGAAACUUCAAAAAUUGACUUGAGCCAGUUUGAUCCAACCGAUAUUGGUUCAUUUCAGCAGGUGCUUGAUAUGUAUCAUCUAUCACAAAAAUCAAAUAUGCAUCAAAAGCAUAAUGAUCUAUACUACGAGAAAUCCCAUGAAUCAUAUUGGAAGUAUAGGCCUAAAGUACACUUUCCAGACGACGAUGAUACAUCCGAUAUCUAUGACGAAGCUCACAACAUAUUUGGAGGCAUAACUACCUAUGGUCACUUUAAGCAUUUUAAUUGUUUCGAUCCUAAAUUAUUCGACGAAAAAAUCGAUAUUGCUGUAGUAGGAGCACCAUUCGACACAGGAGUAUCAUUCAGACCGGGGGCUCGCUUUGGGCCUGAUGCAAUUAGACUGGCUAGUAAGAGACUAGGUGGCGUGUCUCCAGACAGGGGUAGAGGCAACCCCAACACCAACAUGACGGAGAUUAAUCCAUAUGACCCUCGCAGUCACAACCUCAGCAUAAUUGAUUGUGGAGAUGUCCCCAUGACACCAUUUGAUAACAGAAUAGCCCUCAAUCAACUAUACAGAGGUCAAAGAUCGAUUCACAAGCAUGCAAGCGGUCAUAAACCGAAGAUUAUUACUAUGGGAGGAGACCAUACGAUAACACUUAUGGCAUUGAAAUCUGCUUAUGAGCAAUACGGCCCCCUCUCCGUGCUCCAUUUUGACUCACAUAUUGAUACUUGGGACCCUAAGAAGCUUGGUGGCGGCAUAACUAACUACAUGUCUCUCAACCACGGCACAUUUCUCCAUUAUGCUGCUGAGCAGGGCUAUUUGAAUAAAGGCUCGUGCUUCCAUUUGGGCAUGCGCGCGCCCUACAUCGACUAUCACUAUGAUUUACACCAUGAUAAGCACCACUGUGGGUUUAAUACCAUUACUGCCCGAGAUCUUGACAACUUAGGCAGGGCCAAUAUUGUCGAGUCCAUCAAACAGGCUGUAGGCUCCAUGCCUGUAUAUAUUUCGGUAGAUAUCGAUGUGUUGGAUCCUGCCACUGCUCCCGGGACUGGUACCGUGGAAGUUGGAGGGUGGACAGCGCGCGAGCUCUUGUCGAUUUUAGAUGGAUUAGAAGGCAUUAAUGUAAUAGGCGGUGAUGUUGUUGAAGUAAGCCCUCCCUAUGAUACGAACUCUGGUAUUACUGCUCUUGCAGCCACUGGAGUGAUAGACUCGAUAAUGGGACUCAUUAUGGUGAAAACGUUACCCGCACACGCUCUGUAA